GUCGACGGCGCAUGUAGGUCUGCCUCCACCUGCCUCCACCAUCCUCCACUGGGCUGCCGACAGGACUGGUGAUGCUUCAUGUUUUACACUGUUCAGGGUUAGUAAUAUAGGCGUUGCCCGACACCUCACGAAGCGUGCGCCGAGUUUCUCCCCUCAACAGCUGCUGUGAGAUGUUCUCCAAUUUGCCAUGGCAAGAGGUCUGUUUCCAUGGGGGCUCUUCAGGAAGCCGCUGUACAUCCAGGCCAAAUUUUCCUACCUGCAUAUGAAGUACCUGUUCUUCUCCUGGCUGGCAGUGUUUGUGGGGAGCUGGAUAGUGUAUGUCGAGUACUCGUCCUACACAGAGCUGUGUCGUGGGCACGACUGCAAAAAUUCAAUAUGUGAUAAAUACAGGACAGGAGUCAUUGACGGCUCGGCCUGCAGCAGCCUGUGUGAGAAAGACACGCUUUACCUGGGGAAGUGCUUCACUGCCAAGCCCAAAAGCCAGGUGUACUCUGGGAGCUGGGGAGACCUGGAGGGAAUCAUUAAGUGCCAGAUGGAGGAGGCUCCUCAUUACGAUUUGGGAAGUGAGAUGGAACCCAGGAAGGAGGCUGCAGCCUUCAACAAGCCCACCAAGGGGACGUCUGUGGAGAAGUUCAGAGAGAUGAUCCUCAACCACCUAAAGGCUAAAGUGGGGGAUCAGGCCAACCUUGCUGACCUGGCGACACAAGUCUUGUCCAUAACAGAUGCCAACAAAGACGGUCAUAUCUCGCUGCCCGAGGCUCGCUCCACGUGGGCUCUGCUGCAGCUAAAUGAAUUCCUGUUAGCAUUGGUCCUGCAAGACAGAGAGCACACGCCCAAGUUACUGGGCUUUUGCGGAGACCUGUAUGUGAUGGAGAAGGUGCCACAUUCCCCCCUGUACGGCAUCAGCCUGCCCUGGAUCAUGGAGGUGUGGAUUCCUGCAGGUCUGCGCCGCAGCAUGGACCAGUGGUUCACCCCCUCCUGGCCACACAAGGCCAAGAUCUCCAUCGGACUGCUGGAACUGGUCGAGGACGUUUUCCACGGCACGUUUGGCAGCUUCCUCAUGUGCGAUGUGAGCGCCGCUAGUUUCGGCUACAAUGACCGGCAUGACCUGAAGGUGAUGGACGCGCGGUACAUUGUUCCUGAAGCCAUCUUCCAAGAGGACAUCCGGCAGCAGCGCUGCGAUGUGGACGAGGACUGUCUCUACGGGGCGGACUGCCUCACUUCCUGCGACCUCACCAAGCACCGCUGCACACCGGAGGUCACCAGGCCGAACUUGGCCAAAGCCUGCGAGGCACUCAAGGACUACAUUCUGAGAGGCGCCCCGUCCGAUGUCAGGGAGGAGCUAGAGAAGCAGCUGUAUGCUUGCAUCGCACUGAAAGGUUCAGCUGAACAGAUGGAGAUCGAGCACUCACUGAUUCUGAACAAUCUCAAGACUUUGCUAUGGAAGAAAAUCUCUCACACAAAAGACUCAUAAUAGGAAAGCAUUCAGAGGCACAAAGCGAUUCCUUAGUUUUUAAAUAAAAUAUUGGACUGUUUCCCCAUUCUGGAAAGAUAACAUGAUUCCCCUUAUUUAUUCAUCUUUAAAUGUUUAACUUAUGUUUUAUCCUAAAGCAGUUGUCAAUGAAUGUUACUUUCAUAUUAUAUACUCGGUUAACUUUAAUAAAAUGGAGCAAAAUGAGCAAGAGCAAUUUUUCUGUCACCGUGAGAAUGGCAAA